UUAGAUCAUCGCUCUUGUAUCUCGUAACCCCAAGGAAGAGCAAUUAUGUGUCGGUAAAUGGACCAAUCAAAGCGCAGUUGACCUUAUCAAGGACACUUAGCACAUUUAGUGGUAUCGUUAAUGGGACAACAUUGUAGAGACAGUGGGAAAGUUCGUCUUAGGCCUCCUUGCUUCCCUUAAGCGGGGGCCUAGCAAAGGAGAAAGACCCCCCUAUGGAGGCAAGAGUCCCCGUUGCUCCGGGAUUUGACGAGGUAUGGCUCUAUUUCGCUGCAGUGAUCGUGAGAUGAGGAGUUCAUGAAAUUUUCUCGAAGCUAUCACCCUGAAAAUUCAUUUAUGAUCUUAAGCGGUGAUUUACGCUCUGGUGUUUAGAUCAUAUCUUAGAUAUAGCGUGAACGAACGACGCUUAAUGCCCCGCAGAGGUGUUGAUUCAUCAGCUCAGAAAAUUCCGCAAGUAUCUCGGAGGUAGCCUCGUUUCUUCCUUAUCAGGGGUGGCGCUAAUUACACGGUUGAGUUCACAAAGUGUUCGUUGUUUGACAGAAUGUUUUUGAGGAGUUAGCCACCAGGUACCAGAAGAGUCCUUUCAUCUUUAAUGAGUGCUACCGGAAAGACUAAAAACUUAGGAACGGUACACGCACGAAAAAAUCGCUGAUCGCAGCGUUUUGCAUGCUUGUCAUUUUCGAUUGUCGAAUAACUACAGGAGGUUGUUUUAAUUUUACAGAAUUGUCCUUCUAUGAUUCAUGAAUUCACUGGAGCACCGAAAGAUUUAUCAGAGCUGGUGGAUUGCACUCCACAGGCAAAUGCGAAUUUGUUUGAUAUGCACAUCAAACCGGAGCUAAGAUGUUCUGUCGAUGAUGGUGGGGAAGACGUUGAUAUGGAAUACAUGAUGGAGAUGAACUUUGAAUACGACCAUGGAAAUGAAGCGGUUUGUGAUACUCACAGAGUUGUACUGCUCGUUAGAAAUUCUUGCUCCACAGGGAAAGGAUUCUUAGCACCAAAUAUUAUUUACUCCUCCUUGUUUACCUCGAAGAGGUUGUUUGGAUUGCUCUUGACUCGCGGUUUUCAUGAAAAGCACUAACUCUAAGUUUCUUUGGUCAUCAUCAGAGUAACGGUUUACAAGACCAUCGAAUUUUGCAAUACUGGCGUCAAUGAUAUGAAAGAACAUCGCUUGUUUUUGCAGUUUGUUUACAUUAGUUCUUAGAACGAUCAGUAGUUUAUUUAUUCCAGUCGUGGUUAAUCAAUCCUUCAUUUAGUCAUUCAUUGGAUCAUUAAUUCAAUCAGAUAAUCAAUCAUUAAAUAAAUUCAUUCUUCGGUUCGGCAGUUCGUUUGUUUUCACGUCGGUGGUUGGUUCGACGUUCGUUUGAGACAUCGUCAGAACUUCGUUUUUCGUUCGGUUGACUCGAUCAUACCCUCAGUCGUUCGUCAGGUCGUUCGUCGACUCGCUCGAUCUUUCGUGACUCGCUUGUUCUUUUUAUGUAACGAUUGCUUGAGCUACGUAAACAGCAUUCCUCGAAGCUUCCUUUUUUCGGGUGAGUGGCUAAGUUGCGGGGUUUGAUCAAUCAAAAUUUUUGACUCUUUAUUUGAGCUGUUUUAGUAUCCAAAUCGACGUUUGAAAUAUCGUUGUCGCCUUGGAAUAUGAGUCAGCCGUUAAGACAUUUUGAGAACCUCAACAUGUGAGUUGGAAAAGCGAUACAACACCGAAUGAAGAAUAUUUGUUCGCAAACACAUAAGAAGUGAAGCAGCCGUGUUUGGAAGCUCAUGGAUUUAAAAACGACUGAAUGAUCCUUUUACCUUGUGCAAUUGUUAUGAAGCAAUUUUUUUAAGAGAAAUCUAUAGCGUGUGCCUAAAAAUGUUCUUAGAUACAAUUAAAGCAACACAGCAGUUUCGAGAUGAUUACAAAUAAAUCUGAAAAAAUUUUAUGAGUUCUCAUUGUUAAGAAACCUUUUUUUAAAUGGUCCAGUUGUUAAGAAGGAAUUGAAUUGCUAUCAUUGCUUAAACAACAGGUUGUGAAGUGUCAGGUGCGAACCUCUUGGUGUUUUGUUGUUGCAGAGUCAUGUAUUUGGCCUUUUAAUACUUUUUCCUCGCGGUAGGUACUAUAAAUGCUGAUCACAGAACGAGCAAACCCCAAGAUCAGUUUGCCUAGAAGGUCCCGAGCUUUUUUUUAGAAUUCGAUCUAAGAGUUUAUGUAUAUUACUAGAAAGUUUGGACUGAUAAUCAUCUCUUGUUUCUCUUUUAAAAAAAACGAAACAUAGCUCUAAUAGAAUGGACUGUUGUCCAAAAUUGAAGGAAAAAUAACAAAUUCUAAAGUAAAAAAGCGGUUGAUUUGUACGGUAAGAGCUGAAAAUCUCAGGCCAGUACAAUUCACGAGUACCACGAGAGUAAUGACGGAUUAAAAUCGUCCGGCUUCAGAAAACCCUUAGCCACGAAAAGUUUCCAUAUUCUAAUUUCAGUUUUUUCAUAAACACAAAAACAAGCUAAAUGAAAGUUUUUUAAGAUUGGCUGGUAAAAUGGUAGUGCUUAUUUUGCUGUUGGUUAAAAUUUGCAAUUCGAUAAUUGCUUUUAUAGUUCCUUUUGUCUUUUGAGAAGUGGAACUCGGUAGGUAAACUAAGUUAUCCGCUAUGUCUUGUUCAUCUGUGUUUCCUCAGAGUUGUCAUGUUCGCCCACAAAAUUGCUACUAUUAACCUUGCCACCUUUUGAGCGACAUUUCCCAGUCUGAAAAAGAACAAAUCAUAGAAUCUACAAGCCCCUUCCAGAUCCCUCUUUUCACCAGGAGCUAAUGCUUUUCCUAUAAUAACCAUUUGGAACUUAACUUCUAUUAAGCUACGUUACUACUUCCAAGUUAUGACAAAUUCAGUUUCUGUUCCUUUGUUUCAUUAUCAUAAUCAAUGACCAGAAUGAUGGAAAAUGAAAAUUCAAUUAGUUGGUUUAGUCUUUCGUUCUGACGAAGGGUUUAGUGCUCGAAACAUCAGCUCAAGAGACUCUUUACGGUGGCCAGUUUACAUUAUCAAAUCAGUUUAUCAAAAACAAAUUAUCUUGUAAUGCCCGCCACUUUGGAAACUUACCCCCUUCAUUGGUUAGAAAUUACUUUGACUGCAAGUAAACCUAUCCCGGUUUUCAUGCGCCCGUCGAAGCUUGGAUCAAGACAUUUUCAGACACAAUUCUACCUGCUGUCUCCAGUUAUUACAUAAUUCAAUCAGUAGACAACGGAGAAGUGUCACUAAAACUCAUCCAGCGAAAAUUCGUAGGAAACAUUUGAGCAAUUGAAGUGAUGUUAAGACACUGGAGAAAGACAAGGAGUGUUCGAAGAUUUUAUUAACUAAAACCUACCAGGCUAAAUCUGAUUAAUUUCACGGAGGGAAAUGAAAAUUAACUGAAUUAGAGCACGAACUGAGAAGCCACAGGAGUUUAGGGUCAAUGUCAAAACAUUACAGUCAACUCCAGCCUGAAAUGAGAGUAGGAGUCUGCUUGUAUCGUGGUACGAAUGUCAAGGAUUGCAUGGUAAGACUUUCCGUUAUUCAUGUUACCCGGUAAUGGUCUCUUCGCAAUCUCUCAGGGUUAGAGAUGAAAAUAUUUCUCUCGUAAUUUUCUCCAGUCAUGAUAGCAAGAAAAAAAAAUGAUGUAAAUGUUCAGCUGCGUUGAAGGAAUGAAAGGGUCUCAGCUCUAUGUCAUCGUAUUCCAGUGCAUCCCACGUUAGGGCAGCUGAUCUUUAUUUGAAAUUUGCAUCCAUAUCAAAUAGACUCUUUCGAUUUUGGUUUUCUUGGCUUUUAAUGAAAAGCCGAAAAAAAUAAAUAUUUUAUUAGAAAGUGAUUUGCAUUUUCUCGGUGAGCGACUGUUUGUCACGGGACGUGGGUGUGUGAAAAAAAAAACGUGGGUAGAGUACAGGUUGUUGAAAAGAAAGAGUAACUCGCAAAGAAUGGGUUUUGGUUUCUUUUGAAAAAUCAAUAAAAUAACGCAAUUGAUCAGGAUUGAAACCAAUCAAGAGCAGUAAUUUUUUUUUUAAACUGAAAUUUUUGAAUUUUAGAGGCAGGGAACAUGUUUUUUUUUACCAGGAAAAAUAGUUCAACUGUUUAGAUAACACUAGUUAAAUCUUCUACCUCGUGUUGUACAUCGAUAGAGAAGUCAGACCCUGGCGGAUUAGCGUGAAGUCUUUUACUUAAACUGUAAGAAAGUAAGAAACACAUAUUUAACGAUGUAAAAUUGUUGCUUUUAUUUGAGUUCGUCUUUUUAACAGAAUGUUUUUUUGUAAAUAUCGUUUGUAAAUGAGUAAAUAAAUGAUCAUCAAGAGCAGUCAAGUAGGAAUAAAUGUAACCGUAAAGAACAGGGAAAGAACAUUCCCCAGUUUACCUACAGGAUCGUGUAGUAAGUUUAAAUGAGAUUUUGCCUCGAAAUCAACGUUAAUGAAGGCACUGGCCUUAAGUGAGGGAUAUCCAGGUAAACAGUUGCGAAGAGUUUUUUUUUAAAGAUAAUUUAUCAAUUGGCUGAGUUGAGGAAACGAAUUUUUUUCUUAACCAUUUGUAUAAGGCGUACUAAAACAGCGUUAUUUUCGAAAUCGGGUCGUAACAAUUUUUCUUUUUAUGUCGAAGGCAAAACGGUAUGAAAUGCUCCACUUUUGAUCUGUUAUCGGUACGGAAUCAUUCCACAUCACUCUGGACCAGUCAGAAGUAAAGCUAACGCUAUUUACAAUUUGGUCCCUCGCGAGACCCCUCUGCAAUUUGGCUAUUGGUUUUACCUCGAAAAAGUUUUCUUUUUCCUUGUCAUACUUCUUUUGCUGAUUAAAAGUUUCUUUACCUAGUUUUUUCUGUGAAAAUUUAUCAAAACCGUUUUGAACAAUUUAUGAACUUCUUGCGAGUACAGAACACUUUUCUCUUGGCAGUUGACCGCUGACGAACAAGAACGACGUAGAAUACGAAGAGAGAGGAAUAAAGUGGCCGCCUCUAAAUGCCGCAAGAAAAGAAAGGAACACGUUAAAACAUUAGUUGAGGUAUCUGGGUACCGUAUUUAUUCGAUCAAUCGCCCCGGGUGCUCAGUCAUAGGCUGUUCGCGUUUAUUUUGAUGUACCAUAGACGGUGAAUUUAGAGAUUGUAAGCCGGUAAAGAAAUAAUAAUCAAUACUCCUUUUGUGCAUUUAAGUUUUUUUUGGAACGGGUGGGGAUAGUCGCUAAUUGGAAGUUGGGUACUUAAUCGAAUAAAUACGGCUCUUAUGAGGUAAAAUUACGGCUUAUGUCUCCUACUGCCAGAGCAGCACAACUCAGCUCCUUCCAUAUUUAGGAAGAGUUGGAUCUCGAUAUGAUAAAGACGCCCACAAUCUCUUCUUAGAGGCAAGGGAAAGAACGAAUACCUUUGAAUUUUCUGGUAUCAGAGGUCUUACAGAACUGCUAAAUCGAUUCCUCCAUAUAAUUUGAAGUAGCCUUCUAGCAGUGUUGUUUUAUUUGUUAGCUUGAAAACGAAAAGAAGCAGACAUUAUGAUGAUAUUUUUUCUUUAAGGCUUCUGAGGAGCUGGAGCAUCAAAACAACGAUCUUCAAGCGCAGAUCAGCAAGUUACAAGCGGAAAUAAAAAAGCUGGAAUUCAUGUUGGAUUCACACAGCUGCGCAAAAUAUUCCCACACUCCACAGGAUGACCACGAACUUGGAUUAAAUGCCAAUUUAUCGUGAAGGGAAAAACUGGUGACAGAGGACAAAAUCGAGAGGAAGAAUAAGUCAAUAUACCGAUUCAAGAUGAAGGGCUAUUAAUGACGUGCACAUGCGUGGAUGGAGCCACACGAUGAGCCGCUGUACCGUGAUAGUAUGGCGUGUGGUGCAAUUUCACUUCAAGCGUAUUAUUUUCGCUGAUACACGUGCGGAGAGCGUUUAUUUGAGUGAAAUUUGGUUUUAGUUACGUAUGUUAACAUGCUGGCUGGUUUUAUCAAAGCUAUUUUGCAAUUUAUUUGCUUCCAACAAACUCGCAGUCAAAAGUAAAUGGAAAAGAGAGGACGAAAUAGAUGGACAUAAAUUAAGAUACAUUGAAAUACUUUGCAGAAAAAAAAUAACUUUUAAGAUGUUUUCUUAGAAGGCAGUUUACUAUUUAUGUAGC